AUGGGUCUAAACGAGAAGUGGACAAGAAUUGUUGAGAGACGAGGACAACGACGACGUCAGAGUUCAGGCACCACCACAUCGUCAACUACUUCGAAUGCUAAUACUCCUCUACCGACCACUGAAUCGAGCCAAUCGAUUUGUUGCGACACUCAAUUCACUACAUCAUUGAAUUCAGAGAAUUCCAAAAUACCGAAUUCGAAUUCAAAUUCACAUAUUGUGAAUACUAGCAAUUCUAAUACUCAUUCUGCUACUACCCGCCGUGUUUCAUUCCCUAAUAUUUCCCCUUCUUUUCAAAGUCCUCGUUCACCUUCCACUAUAUUCAAUAUGAGAAGUGAUGCUGAAUCGGAUACGAUUUCGUUGUCGCCGAGAAGCUUCGGAAGUAGUGGAAAAACUACUUCGGAUUUCUCCGCGUGGUUUAGCAGAAAGAUUAAUGGGAUUCUAGGCGAAAAAACAGAAACUUCCAGUGUUGUAUCUAUACUCACUAGAACAUUAUCCAAAGCAACUGCUGGGUAUCGGAAGAAGAAACGUGAAUGUUCCCUUACAAUCAGUUCAUUCGAAUCAGUGACAUCUGAUAUUUCAAAACAACAAAGAAGUUGGUUUCAUUCCGAAUCUCAACUUCUGGACCUGUUUCUUCCGGAGACCAGUUAUCACGCAGAGUGCCGAGCUAUUGCUGAUAAAUAUGGACUUAUUGUCGACUUGGAUGAUGAUGAAAUGCUAACUCGAAUUGUUGAAGGAGCUCUGGAAAUGGAUGAUGCAAUGUAUUCUCCAAUUAGUCUCGAGCAUAAGCGAUUGAAUAUUUCAGUAUCAGAAUCAAAUGAAGCACCCAUUGAUUUUAUCGAUGCUGAUGCUGAGGGCACGUUGAAAACUAGAAUUUCCAGAGAUGGAUGCCAAGACUAUAAAGUCUUUGGUCUUCCGGAUCAUAUCUCCCGAAUGGUAUCACCAUCAGACCAUAGCCAUGCAUCUUCUUCGAGUUCAAAUGGUGCUACAAAUUCAAUGAACAAUUUGUAUUCUCAGUUAGAUCGUCUAUACGGUAAACACGACUUAUUCGGUGCAGAAGAGUAUCAAUCGUGGCAUGAAAAGUAUCGACACAACACGUUAUCCACAAAGCAGGUCAAGAAGCAAGACGCUAUUUUUGAAUUGUAUCUAAUGGAAAAGCGUCACUGCGCAAAUAUCGCAUUCCUUCUUCAAGGAUAUCGUCGUCGAAUGCUCGAUGAAAGUAUAAUAAGUAAGCAAGAUAUGGAUAUACUUAUACCAGAUGUUCUUGAACCAUUACUUAUCUUCCAUCUAAAUGUUCUCGAAAGAAUCACUGCUCGCAUCCAGGAGAAUUAUGAAGUUGGUACCAUAUCCGACAUAAUUAGUGAAGAAUUGGCAAUUGAUGGUGGUCAACAUACGAAGUUAUGUUGUGAUGCUUACACAGAUUUCGGAGUUGCGAAGGAAAGAUCUGACGUUUUAUAUCAUCAUUUGAUGAAUAAAAAUGCUAAAUUCGCUGAAUUUUUCAAACGGACGUAUGUUGAAGAGCCAUUCUAUAAACACUACGACUUCCGUCCACUGAUAACCAAAAUUAUUGGACGAGCCACGAAAUAUUCGCUUCUUCUGGAGACGAUAUUGAAGAACGAGCAACCGUUUAGUGAAUAUCACGAUUUGACGAAAUUGGCUCUGGAAACUGCUCGGAAGUUCGCACAUAAAAUCGAUGAGAACCUUUCAAUGGCCCAUAUGUCAAUGAAAUGGGAGGAGAUUAAAGUUCAAAUUGAUCCAUCGUCCACAACUAACUUGUAUGUAUCAGAUCCUUCGGUACCAAACGGGACAAUUCGUUACAACUUUGAUCUGGAAUCAUUGAACUCCGCUACAAAUCGGAAGUUGGUUCAUCUCGGAGAAGCUCUCAUCAAAAUUCCGAAUCUCGUGGGAUCAGGCGGUGGAACACAUUCAUCAUCUUCAUCUGGAAAGACUACUGAUAAAAAAGAUCAAUGCUGGAUAGUACUUUUCGAUGAUAUAAUAGUAAUUUUGAUUCGAAAAAGCUCCCGUCAGUUGGUGUUUAUGCAUGAUCAAGGUGCAAUGCCAGUACAAUCACUUCUCAUCCGGACAGCUGCCCGUGGACAUUCGAUUAUGUUAAUUUCGGGAGCUAAACCAGUUCUUUUCGAAAUAUCAUUCAAUACCUCCACUGAUCGGAAGAAAUGGGUUGCUCAUCUAGAGGCAGCACCAAAGAAUGUACCACCGGAGGGAAUUCGAAUUACUACUGGUGAUGCUGAUGGCGUUCUCAGAGAUCGAGUGGCUGCACAACAAGAGCUUGAAGAUAAAUGGUUGAAGCGAUUGGAGGAACUCUUUGAUUCACGGUUACCGGAAGAAGAGGCACUAUCCAAAUAUCUAGAAACUCGUCUCAACUUUUUUGAUGAUUUGAGGGAUCAUGUAUCCAAGUUGCCAUUCAAGAGUCGAACGGACAUUUCCAAUAGAAUUCGAGAGGCUGUCAAGUCAAGGUUCCGAGAAUUGAGACGGAGCAGGGUGAUUCCGUUGAAUAGAUUGGUUGAACGAAUGAGUGAAUCUCGUGAUGCCGAUCUCUGGUCGUAUUUCGAUGAGAAAGCCGAUGCUUCAGACGUUCUUGAAAAAUCAAGCGAUUUAUCAGAAGAUUCUGAUUCUGGAGAUUCAGUAGCUGGAAAUGGAAGAACGAAACCACGUAGAAUUCAAACAUUCCAUGGAACAUCACAACCACUGGGAUCCAACGGAAUCAACGAUUCAAAAAACAACGGAAUUCGUCGUCACACGACAGUACCCCGAAUGAAUUCGGAAGGCGGCUCCGCGUCCAACCAUCCGACCUCAUCAUCUGCAACUGAUCGUGCAAUUGUUGAUGAAGUGGAGUUAGAUGACGACGAUGUAGCAUCAUCGCAAAUGUUAUCUGCAAGAGGGCACGAUAAUGCUGAACUCGAUCGUAAAGCAUAUGGAGCAAUGAUUUCGGAACUUCCGAUUCGUCAGACAAUGAGAGCACGUAGAGCAUCUACAAAACUCAUAAAAGAAGUAAUAUCAUUGAGGCGAGAGAAUCAUUUGUUAAGAAACGAUAAUGCGCUCACAAAAUCGAGAUGUGCAUUACUUGAAAGAGUUCGUGGUGGUGGUGCGAUGAUGUCAUCGACAGCGACAGCAGUAGAUGAAUCAAUGGAAAUGUUACGGAAGAAGGAAAAAGAAAUUCGUGAAAUGCAACGACAGAUGUUAGCUGAAAAAGAGGAACUUCUGGAGAAACAGAAAGCAGUUGAAUCUCAGGAGCAGGAGAUUCAGUCUAAAUGGGCUGCAUUACAAUCACGCUCUAUGGAACAACAGGCGCCAGUAACUCCAUUGCAUACAAGAUCCAUUUCUUCUCACUCCAAUGUCUCUUCCCCCACUUAUAAAACACCCCAACCACUUCCAAUGUCCUCGUCGCAAAACGGUGAAUGGUCUCCGGUAUUGGCCAGUUUGGCAACAAAAACUGAAACUAAAAAGCUGAAAAAAUAG